AUGAGUUUAAUUGAAUAAUGCAUGUAUUAAUAUUUUACUAUAAGUAAUAGUGUGAAAAUAGAUAGAAUAAUAAGACCCAAAAUAAUUAAAAAUUUACAUGCUUGUAUAUAAAAUACUCUAGAUGGAAGAGGAGGAAAUAAAACAUUUCUAAAAUAUUAUCCUCUCAUUGAACCAUAUCCAGUUCUAAUUACUAAUCCUAUAUUUUAUUAAUAUGGUGAUAUCUUAAUCACUUUAGUACCUUCAAAUAGUGUAUGUUCAUAUAUAUCAUUUGAUAAUUCUUUUAUGGCUUAUUUAGGAAUUGGUACUGUUUCUCCUGUUAAAGUAGCUUCAUUGACCAUUACAUCACCUUUUAUUAGUAGACAAUCACAAUUCAAUUGUAGAUGUUCUUCAAUAAAGAAUUAAUCUCCAACUACUAAUUCACUUCCAUCUAUUAUUUUAUUAUCAAUUAAUUUAACAUUUUAUUUAAUAUUUGCUAAUUAUUAGAGUUACAAUCUAGAUUUUCUCAUUAGAAAAUAAUUAAUAAGACAAGCUAAAAAUGAAAAUGAAAUUAAGACAAUUGAAAACAUAAUGAAACCUAAUAUAAAUGAAUUUAAUCAAUACCCUCAAUAAUCCAUAAGAGUACAGAAAAAUAUUAUAACAUAUAAAAUGGACUUGUUAAUUCUUAAAAUAAAUAAGUUAAUAAUGAUUAUAUUGGAACCUAUAAUUUACUAUUUCCAUAAAUAUCAUAUCUUAAUUUAUGACUUAAAUCAGUGUUAAUUAGCAUUUACAAUUAUCUUUAUUUAGUUUCUACUGUAUUAUGUUUUAGAAAAUCAACAGGUUGAAAUGAGUCAUGAUUCAAUUAAUACUUUAAAAAUCAAUUUAAUAAAUGUUAUAAAUACCUAUAGAUAAAAUAAGAAGUGUUGUUAAUUACAAUCUUUUUACAUAUACUUUAUUAAUUAUUUGAAUUAGUAACUAGAUAAUGAGUGCAUUAUUAUUCAUCAAUCUUAAUAAAUAGAAUAAUUCUAUAGAGUUUAUUGUUCCAUUUCAUUAAUAAUGCAAAUAGAGAACAAGUGA